UGAACGCUGGAGUGGCUAAUAUUUACAUAGUUAAAACUCGGGCUCCAUCAGCUGAGCUGCGAACCGCUGCCGUUCUAGCUUGCCAGCACACCGAAAAUACGAUGCACCUUCUUCAAAAGACCCGUGUCUUUGCCUCGGGUACCUUGACCACUAUCGAGUCCCGUCCUCGUCCUCGCUCGCCCGUUCAGUAGGCAUGGCUUAUGAGAGAUACAUUGCUCGUAUGACCCUCCUGUGCGCCGAUGGCGACGACACGUUCCCGGAACGGCACACCUCAGAUCUGUCCCUCGAGGCCAAGGCGCGGACCGACACUCGCGAUGACGACAGCACACAAGAGACUAGCCCGGAGCCAUUUCGGAGACGACCCAGACGCCGCUCUGAGAGCAUCGACGGAUACGAGAUGAGGGAUCGCUACUGGGAGGCGAUGGGUGUCAUCAAUAGAGACCUCAAGGACGCCGCCAAGGCCCCCGCUGUCUGGGACUAUGUCUACGACCCAGUAUGCUUACCUCCGUCGAGAGGGCCCCGGACGCCCGUUAUUCGUCGACUUGGCAACCUCCCGAUCCGCCGAGCUUGGAGACGCCGUAACAACCGUGAGAGUCCCGAUACUAGCUCAGCACGCGCCGUCGAAGCUAUCAUGGUUUACGAGAGGGGCGUCAUGCUUUCCCAGCAAUCACAAUGCACAAAUUGCCAGCAGGGCCGGGGCAUAUCGCCCGGGUGCGUGGUGGCGGAACAGGGGCCGGAAGCAGAAGCUGCAGAAGCCGACACCAGCACGCGAGGGCCAGCACCGACGUGUAGCAAUUGUCUAUACGAUGGACGGGACAGCCAGUGCGACGCACGAGCACCGUCAUCAGGGCUGAGCCCGCCUCCCAGGGAGCGUACGCGUACCCCGAUCAAGCGGACCUUCUCCCCGACCCCAAACCACCUCGAAGUACUCGACCUAGUAGAGAAGGUGUUAAAACUGCACAGAGUCGAGAAGGCGGAUGAAGCGGUCCUCCGGGCGAGGCAGAUCGAAACGGCAGCCUUGGAGAUUGCACAAGCUGCCCACGAAUGGGGGGAGAGUACGAAGGAGAAACGCCGGAAAUGUAGGGACCCAAAAGAGGUUGCCAAUUGAUGUCCCGUCGCAAACUUGAGCUUCUCGGUCGCUGUGGACUCGUGACUAGCAAAUACUACUCGAGGGAUUUCUUUCCAGCCCUUUCUCGCGAGCCAAGACCCUGGUCGCAUGCCCUACGUAGGUAGUUGUCCAAAUACUGGUUAUACAGGUAGUGUUGCGCCCCCAUACGUACGCACAUAUAAAUCGUACCAAUGA